AUGGAACAGGCCUCGAACGUUGGUGACACUCGAAAGCUCUAUCGUCUGAUCCGCCAAGUUAGCGGUAAGCCCUCUACACGGAGUGACUCUGUUCGCGAUGUGAACAGCGGCUUUAUUGCUGACAACUCGGCCAAAGUCGAGCGCUGGCGUGAGCACUUUGAGCACCAUCUGAACUUCGAUACCCAACCUACAUCGCCCUUGUUCUCCUCCUCAGCGGAGUUUCUUCCCUCUCCUACCUAUGCAGUGCCAUGCGAUCCCCCCUCCGAGGAAGAAGUAGCCGAUGUCAUACGAAAGUUGCGCAACAAUAAGGCACCCGGAGAGGACGGUAUACCCGCUGAAAUCUUUAAGUCUUGUGUCGACACUGGCGCCCUGGCUCCAUGA